AGAUUCCAAGAGAGCGGAGAGAGAGAGAAAGCGAGAGGGAGAGGGAUCGAACGAGAGGAGGUUUCAGGAGAGCUGCAAUCCUGUCAUUGGUACAUAUUCAUCUCGAAUUCGUGCCGUUGGUUGGUGAUCUCGUGUGUGCUGAAAGCCGAAUCGAAGGCUGCGGUCUCUCUACUCCAGUUUACCGUCCGGUUUUCCCCAGAUGUGAGCCUCUGAGUGAGUUAAUUCCAUCGAUCUCUUCAUUCUCAUGAAUCGAUGCGAAAACAAGCUAAUUCUACUGGAAUACGCUUUCGGAUCGCGAUUUGUUUCGAUCUCUUAAACUUCAGAGGUUCUUCUCAGUCAGCUAUGUCAAUCAAAAUGGCUUCCCCAAUGUAGUUAGAUCAUCACAUCUCCAUCGGUCUCUCCUCUCACACUUCUGCUGCUGUGAACAUCUUGGUGGUAAUUGAGUUUCCACGCAGCUGCUUCAUGAUUGUUUGGGCAACGGAUCUUCCUUUCUUUGAAGCAGUGUCAGCAUUCAAGUUUGGCACCUGCUUGAGAGAGGAGGAGGAGCUCUCUUUUGCUGCCUGUGCCAACUCCAACCGCCCUCAUUUCUCCUCCUCCCCUAAUGUCACCUAACUUGGGCAGCCCAGUUCAGACCCAGAUGGCAGUUGCAGUCUUCAAUGGUGCCCUCAGUGGUGAAUACCAUGGAAACCAGAGGAUGGAAGGAAAACCUGCUGGAAGGCGGCGUGUGUUUGUCCAAACUGACACUGGCAGUGUCUUGGGGAUUGAAUUGGAUCGAGGCGACAAUGCCCACACAGUGAAGAGAAAGUUGCAGGUAGCUCUAAAUGUCCCAACCGAGGAGAGCUCAUUGACAUUCGGGGAUAUUGUGUUGAAGAAUGAUCUCAGUUCUGUUCGCAAUGAUUCCCCGCUGCUUCUCAUGAGGAACCACCUCCACAGAAGCUCAUCAACACCGUGUCUCUCCCCUACUGCGAAAGAUCUCCAGCAGCGGGAUCAAAGUGGGCUGAUUGAAGUCUUAGGUUGUUCGAGUCACUGUUCUAGAACAAAACAGCUGGUUAAAGAUGUCGUGAAGGCCAUCAAGAGUGGUGUUGAUCCGAUCCCUGUGCAUAGUGGGCUUGGGGGUGCAUACUAUUUCAGGAACAGCAGGGGCGAGACCGUUGCUAUUGUGAAACCAACAGAUGAAGAACCCUUUGCUCCCAACAAUCCGAAGGGUUUCGUCGGAAAAGCUCUUGGACAGCCAGGCCUGAAACGGUCAGUCAGGAUCGGAGAGACGGGAUUCAGAGAAGUUGCGGCCUACCUUCUUGAUCACUAUCACUUCGCAAAUGUGCCCCCCACAGUGCUUGUCAAGGUGACCCACUCAAUCUUCAACGUUAAUGAUGGGGUGAAUGGUAUCAAGUCUCAUGAUAGGAAGCAGGUAAGCAAGAUUGCGUCGUUCCAGCAGUUCAUACCUCAUGACUUUGAUGCCAGCGACCACGGCACCUCGAGCUAUGCCGUGACCACUGUACAUAGGAUAGGGAUAUUAGACAUUAGGAUCUUUAACACGGACAGACAUGCUGGCAACCUUCUGGGUAGGAAGCUUGAUGGCAUCGGGACUUUUGGUCAGGUGGAGCUUAUUCCGAUCGAUCAUGGCCUUUGCCUUCCAGAGAGCUUGGAGGACCCAUAUUUUGAGUGGAUCCAUUGGCCUCAGGCAUCAAUUCCAUUCGGUGAGGACGAGCUCAAAUACAUUGCAGACCUCAAUCCAUUCGAGGAAUCCGAGAUGCUUCGGAUGGAGCUGCCGAUGAUCCGUGAGGCUUGCCUUCGCGUUUUGGUUCUCUGCACGGUGUUCCUCAAGGAAGCCGCUGAUUACGGUCUUUGCCUCUCUGAGAUUGGAGAGAUGAUGAGCAGAGAGUUCCGGGCUCGUGAAGAGGAGCCAAGCGAGCUUGAGGUGGUUUGCAUCGAGGCAAGAAGGCUACUUGCUGAGAGAGAGGCGUUAUUCUCACUGGAAGCUGAAACCAGUGAGGAAGCUGAGUUUCAGUUUGACAUAGACUGGGAAGAAUCCGAUUUUGUACCCAAGAUAGCUGAUGAUUUCAUGACUAGGUACAACCCUUUCAGUUUGAGAGGAGGAAAUUGUAGAAACCCGCUUUCAAAGCUAGAGGAGAGCGUGGAAGAGGAGGAAGAAGAAAAUGAGGGUGAAAAAGAGAGCAUUGCAGGUGCGACCAAUGGUUUUGAGGGCCCACCUCUGGCUGGACAGCGGGUUCCAACUGUUUCAAAGCUUUCCAUGUCACUGAAGAGCGUCGGUCUGGGUGAGAAGAAUCAUCAGCGAUCAUCGAAUGGGGAUGGAUACAUGGGGAGUAUGUCAGGCAACAACAGGAGGAGCGCGAACGAGCAGCUGCCCGCAAGCGUGAGCUUUGUGAAGCUGGCAGACAUGACUGAGGACGAGUGGAAGCUGUUUCUUGAGCUGUUCCAGGGGCUGCUGAAGGGUGCGUUAGCUGCCCGGAAAUGCGGUGGUAUGGGGUCCAGGCAGAGGCUGAGGCUGGGGACUUCGUGCCAGUUUUGAGAGAGGUCAGUUGCGUGUGUUUGGUGUAAAGGAGAAUAAAGCAUGCCCUGGGAGUGAGGGGUACGCAGCUUUCUUUUGCUGGCUAUUCGGCGGGUCUGGUACUUUUAAGGAGGAGUUAGGAUAUAGGGAUGCUGUAAAUAUGGUUCUGAGGAUAUGCAGCUGCUACAUGAAAAGAAGACUGAGUAGGAUUGCUUUUCAUCUUUUAAGGAAUAUGUUCAUGCAGGACCUCAAUGGAUAGGUAAGUUCCACCUUUCGACACCCCAUCAUUCAAGCUUGCCCCUCUCUUGAAAGACUGCCUGUCCAAGAAAUCAGCCUGAUCCACUUGUCAGGUGGACCAUGCCAGCAUGUUGAAUCCAAUCGCUGGCUCUGUUGUUUACAUGGCUCACCUGGUGAACAGGUUGGCUUUAUUUUCCAUGGGGCAGUAACAGUUGACUAUGUUUGUGUGGGGUGAAUGGUUGCCUGACAUUGAUGGAGGUGUAUGCGACAGUUCCUCCUUUCUUUUUCUUUUUCUUUUUUCUCUUUGUUGAAUGUAACCGUUGAUAUAAUCAUGUUGAAAAAUAAAGUAAAAUAAUGAAGAAGCUAUGUACAUUUUUGCA